GAAUCCUCGCGAAUGUUGUGGUUAUUAUUUUGUUUAUUGUAGAUUACUAGACUUUAUACGAAAAUGCCUAAGUAUUAUUGCGAUUAUUGUGAUACAUAUUUAACACACGAUUCACCUAGUGUUAGAAAAACACAUUGUACCGGUAGAAAACAUAAGGACAACGUGAAAUUUUACUAUCAAAAAUGGAUGGAGGAGCAAGCGCAACAUCUCAUCGACGCUACAACUGCUGCGUUUAAAGCUGGGAAGAUUGCACAGAAUCCAUUCGGUGCUAAGGGGGCAGCUAUACCACCGCCGUGGGAUCCGUCAGUUAUGGGUCCCGGCGGCCCUAGACCGCCGGUGCCCACGCCCGGAGGCCCUCCAGGAAUGCUACCGCCGCCAGCGAUGGGACCCGGAGGUCCAAUGGCUCCACCGAUGAUGAUGGGACCUCAUGGACCUAUGCCACCAAUGAUGGGAAUGAGACCACCAAUGAUGGGCCCAAUAAUGGGACCUAUGGGACCGAUGGGGCACAUGGGUCAAAUGCGACCACCUUUAAUGAAUGGACCUCCUAUGAAUAAGUGAAACUAGUUAGGUAUAGUGUUUCUUGGUUGAUACUGCCAAUUCAUUGCAAUCAACUGAUAGGUAGGUAUUUUUUUUACUUAUUGGUCGUGAAUAAUGUAACAUUUUAGAUCAAAAAAGCUAGAGAAGUUCACUAAGAAAUUCUCCCCUUAAUAGUUGAAAUAAAGUAAUGGGCUUUGUAUUGUUUCAUCAUAAUAUGUUACCACCAUAAUAAUAACUAUUUAUUUGUUGAAAAGCCCUAACAUAAUUAUUGUUUUGUAAAGUAUGUGUAAAUUGUACCUCUCGCUUUAUUUGAUCAGCCUUCAGGCAUUUAUCUACACUGCAAUCCAUUAUGUUGAAAAUAAUUUGAUUUAGUGAUGAUGUACUUUCACUUCAAAUUAGGUAUAUACUAUUAAAAAUAUAAGAUUCUUUAGAAGUAAUGUUAUGCGCAGACAUAUAUGUAACAUAAAUGAGUUAGAAUACUUAUUACAACUAGGUUUCCAUUGUAGAAGAGGCAUGACCUUUGAUUUUAGCAACAGUCAACAUAUUUGAUUGUAAGGUUUCCAAAGGUUCAUAUAACAUUUUGUUUUUUCAUUUACGCCUAGUUUUGUUUUUAUGUCAAUAAAUAACUUAUUGUGUCUGGAGGUUCACCCAAAUCACUCCCAUAAAAAGGAAAUACCUACUCAGUUGUAUCAGAAUUUUUGUGACCAAUUUAUUUGUAAAAUAAAUAGUAAAUAUAAAUUUUAA